GCGGCUCCAGUACAUUAGGGAGCCAUUUACAGUCAGCCAUUGAUUUUAUUCAUCAUCUUGCAAAAAAAAGAUAAAAAAAUAAACCCGACAUAAAUCUUUGAUACCUUCCUUCCCGUCGAGAGGUUUUGGAUUACUAGUGAUCGGUAGCGGAACUUAUCCCAACAGAGCCAACUAUCUCGAGUUCCGCCGCCUCCGCAAAGAGCAUAAGAAUGGGCCCCGACGAGCAGGAACCAGAGCCAACACUGCCGCCCGCAGAGCAGAUGCGAGCGCGGCGACUGGCGAAACUGGGUGCCUCGACCACUCCGUCUACCUCCGCAACGGGGGCAGAAAGCAAGUCUGAUACCAAAGAGAACGAAUCCCCAAAGCCUUCGCCUUUGGCGGCAUCAACUUCGCAAGCCAAUGAGAGCAGACAAGCGCCAGAAGCUGGGGCUCAAACAUCAACACCUGCUGAAGCGCCAGCGCCAGCGCCAGCCAGCUCCCAACCUGUCCCAAAGACGGCAGCACAGCCAGCAACGCCGGCAUCACAAGGUACCAAACCUCAGGACGUCACUAUACCCAAAAGAUCAAAAUCCGAUGUUGAUUUGCCUGCAGUGCGACCGCAGAAGAUGCAGAAACAGGAGUCUCCCGAGGAUUGGGCCGAUAGGACCAUCUCGCACUUCUUUAGAGUAACGCUGGACCCAAGUAGAAAGACUGACAUAUCCGGUCACCCUCUGACCUACCUGCCAAACCUCGCGAGCGAAUUGCAAGAGGCUGGGGCGAAUGCUGAAGCCGAAGGUCAGAGGCCUCUGCUGUCCCAAGACAACCUGGACGGCACCAUACUCGAAGCGGCUUCGGCUUUCCCUCACAACAAACCACUGCUAGAUUACCUAUUGCCAUGCUGGAAGCGCAUACUCCGCUUCUCCAAAUCUCCAGCAAUGCAACGUGACCCGCCACCUGAAAGAUUGGAACUGGUCAAGGAGGCUAGGCGAUUAUGCAUGAGCAACGCGUUAUUUGCGCUCACGGUCCCUGAUUUGUUUGGACGCGAGGAGAACCCCAGGCAUGACACGCUCGUGCCGUACCUCCUCAAGGGAAUGGACAAUGAGGCUGGUGUCUGUUUAGACUUCCUCGCCGAACUUGUGUCGAGGUUCGACGAGGAUGAAUCGUAUGCGGAGAUUCUUGUCCGCUCAAUGGUCGAUAUCAGCGCUAAGGUCGCCAAUAUGACCAUGGGGGACGAUUACAGACCAGCCAUGAACGUCCUGAUUAUGUUCUCCAAGUACAAGGAGAUAAUGCAGGCGUUGGUCAAGGAUGAGCGCUUCGUCAACAAACAAGCGCCUGCCCCGAGAAUCGAGCUGGACUCACUACUUGGUCCCUUUUUUCGUUUAUCCCCGUUGCAGAGCGACAUGGCCAAAUCUUACUUUCCCAACGCAGACAACAUGAACGAGGCUGCUGUUCGCACUGCUCAAAAUGCCGUCCAAGUAACAUUAUCCGCUCAUCAAUUCGAUCUGAUGUCCGUAAUCAACAACUUUGUACGGGCAAACGAGGAGGUCAGAGGUCGCGUUCUCGACUGGUUUGCUCAUGUGGUGAACUCGAAUCAUAAACGACGUGCAAUGCAAGUUGACCCGAAGGAGGUCUCGUCGGACGGUUUCAUGCUCAAUGUGACUUUCGUCGUGAAUGAGCUAUGUCAGCCUUUCAUGGACACGACAUUCUCCAAGGUUGGUCGCAUAGAUAUCGACUAUCUGCGCCGAAAUCCUCGAGUGGAUCUCAAGGAUGAAACCAAGCUCAACGCCGACCAGCAGCAAUCCGACGCCUUCUACGCCAAGAAAGCGGAGGGAACCAACAACUUCAUUUCAGAAAUUUUCUUCCUUGGCCUAGCAGCACACAAUUACGGGACCCAGGCGAUCAGCGAGAAGAUGAAGACUAUGGACAGGGCCAUCAGAAACUUCAGGAGAAGCAUUGAAGAGUUUGAGACAGAGCGGGAGAACUUUGCCAACACUAGACCGACACAGCUCGCAGCGUUCGAUCUCCGUACCGCCCGUUACCGCGAGGCCCUGGAGACGAGCGUAGCAAUGAAGCACGCGACCAACGGUGUAUUGACCGACGAGAAGAUGCAGGCGAAAUCUAUAACAUUUAUGAGAUAUGUUACGGUUUGGCUGCUCAGGGUCGCAAGCCAAAGUGACUAUACUCCGGAAAAGCGAUUACAGGUUCCUCUUGCAAGUCCACCUCCAGAGGUUUUUUGCUGUCUUCCGGAAUAUUCCUUGCAGAUUGUGCUGGACAACUUCAAAUACGUUUUCAACACCAUGCCACAAAUUCUCUUGUCAGCGGUUGGAGACGAACUGACAGUGCUUUGCGUCACACUGCUGGAGUCUUCGGCCUACAUCCGGAAUCCUUACAUGAAGGCAGCCCUGGUUACACUGCUCUAUUUCGGAGUGACGCAGUUCUUCCGCCAUUGGAAAAGCGGUGUGAUGACUGACGUGCUGAUGAGUUCCAAGUUCGCCAACGACCAUCUACUUCACGCCCUCAUGAAGUUUUACAUCGAGUGCGAGUCCACUGGAGCGAAUUCUGCGUUUUACGACAAGUUCAACAUUCGAUACGAGAUAUCCUACAUCAUCCAGAAGGUGUGGCCUAAUCCCCACUACUCGAGGCAGCUGAGGGAACAAAGCAAGAUCAACAAGCCUUUCUUCGUUCACUUUGUCAACAUGCUGCUCAACGACGCGACAUAUGUGCUCGAUGAGGCAUUGACCAAAUUCCAAAAGAUACAUGAGCUUCAGGUGGAGCUCAAGGAGGCAGGCGGCAUGUCGGAAGAGCAAAGGAGGCAGAAGCAGGACGAGUUACAAACCACAGAAGGCCAUGCGACCUCGUACAUGCACCUCACCAACCAGACGGUCGCGAUGAUGAAGCUUUUCACCGAUACGCUUGAUGAUGCCUUUACGAUGCCGGAGAUCGUCCAGCGGUUGGCAGGCAUGUUGGAUUACAACCUAGAGCUUUUGGUGGGGCCCAAGUCGAGCAAACUCAAGGUGGACAACCCACAGCAGUACCGUUUCCAGCCCAAGACACUGCUUGCGGAUAUUACGGACAUUUACCUGAAUUUGGGGGGCAAACCGGCCUUUAUCGAGGCGGUGGCGGGCGAUGGGCGGUCAUACAAGCCCGAGACGUUUGCGGCUGCAUCGCGCAUCAUGGCAAACAGGGGAUUCGCAGACCCGGAAAAGCUUAGCAGGUGGGCUCAAUUAACGGUCAAGAUUGCGGCUGCCAAGGAACUCGCGGACCAAGCUGAACAGGACUUUGGCGAGAUUCCGACCGAGUAUGAGGAUCCGCUCAUGAGCGAUCUGAUGAAGGACCCGGUGAGGCUACCGUCGGGCAACAUUGUGGACCGUUCAACCAUCAUGCAGCAUCUGCUCUCAGACCCGAAGGAUCCGUUCACUCGGCAGCCUAUGUCUAUUGAAGAUAUCGUUCCGUGUGACGACUUGCGGGUGGAGAUUGAGAAGUGGAAAUCGGAAAGGAUGGCAGCAGCAAGGGAAAAGUUGGCAGCCAUUGCGGAUGGUACCGCAUCUGAGGAAUUGGCCCGAGCAGCAGCAGCUGAUCCGGAUGCCAUGGAUACUUCGCAAUAGCCUCUUGGGGAGUAUGAGGUAUGAAGUAGAUUGUGGGGUCUGGCAAGUGUCGAUGGUACGGUUGGAGCUCAAAUUCUACAAGUGUUUAUAGAUUAGAAACACAAUGUUUCGAAGGGGGAUGGAGAAAGGGAAACGUUGACGAAUCAGACGUCGGUGACCUAUACGAAGCAGGGCAGCGCUCUGAUUCAAGGAUGAAUUUAAAUUCAAACCCAUGAUAGAUUGAUAGAGGUCGUGACACGGGGACUACUACACAGCAUAAACAAGGAGUAAUUUGC